AUGCCUGCACCGCCCCCGCUCAGCGCAGUCGCAGCAAGGAGGGCAGCUCGAGAGGCACAGGCGGCCAAGCAGGAGCACGCGCAGCCAUUGCAGGUGAACCGGGAGGAGCUGGGAAGCGGGGCGGAGCGGCAGGACGCAGUGGACGAGGACGAGGGAAUGGCUUCGGAUGCCUCGAGCGAGUCGUCAACGUCCAAGGCAGACGUCGUGCGCAUGCUCGCAGACGAGAAGCGCACACAGAACGGCAGGAAGGGCAAGGGAAAGGCCGCGACGAGGUACUUUGCCGCCGAGCCAUCGAGGAGCGAGGACGAGCAGGACGGCGACGAGGCCAUGGCGGUCGACGCGGGCGACCUGUCUCCUCCAAAGGGUCUCGAGGAGGUUGAUGUUGCGCCAGCGGCGAGCGCGAGUGGGUACUCGACGCCGAACCGGAAUCGCAGACGGAGGGAGCGGACCGCCUUUGUCGACCCUUACUGCGUCUCAUCCUUCGCGCUCGACGAGGGAGUCAACGCUUUCCGGGUUCGAGUUGCGGGCGAAGAUGGCGCGGAGCGGAAUGCGGUCGUCUACGCUCUCAAGGCGGACGAGACCCUCGUCAUUCGCGGCGUCUGCACCCUCACACCCGUACACGGCUCCAUCUCCCUCCUCGGCUCGACACUCUCCGCUCCACCUCCUUCCUCCUACUCCACCGCCUUUCCACUCCCGUCCACUCCUCAGCGUCCACUCUUCGCUCCCUCAUCCCAUCCCAUCCCAUCCAUCCGCGCGCUCCCGCCCCCUUCUCCGGUAUCUACAAACGCCACCCUCCUCCUCCCCUCCGGACAAGAACUCUCCCUCGCCCCCUUCGUCGCGGUCGUACUAGUCGCCGACUUGCAGACGGGCGUAGAGGGGAUCGAGAGGGUGUUUAGUGCGGCGGGGAUGGGGUGUGGAGUUGGGUUGUUUGGGAGGCGCGGGGAGGGGGAGAGGCGGGAGGAAGUGGAGGGUGGGAAGACUUGGGCUUUGGUCCGCGAGCCCUCGCCCUCCCUCGCAGGCCUCCGCGAAGUCGAAGCCUGGACAUCCGCCUUUUCCUCCACCCUUCCGCCUUCUCCUCGGCUACCUUUGGCCUCGAACGGCGUCGCAACGUCGGAUCGGCUUGUGGCGAUUGUGGAGGGACCGAAGAGGGUCGGCAAGAGCACGUUUGCGAAGAUGCUGGUGAAUCAGCUGCUUGAGCGGUACGAGAAGGUCGCGUAUCUCGACACGGAUCUUGGACAGCCCGAGUUCACGCCGCCCGGCUUUGUCUCCUUGAACGUUCUGAGCGACCCCAUACUCGGUCCCGCCUUCACGCACCUCUCCCUGCCUCUCUCCUCUCAGUACCUCGGCUCAGCCUCUCCCGCCUCCGACCCAAGCGGCUAUCUCGCCGCUAUCAGCGCCCUCUUGUCGACCUACGCACUCGAAGUCGAGUACCCGUCGGUUGACGAGGCGCCUUCAUCACGUCGGCAUAGGCGAGGUCAGCCCGCUGACGACUCGACUCGCUCCUCCUCGUUGGGGAGGUACUGCGAGCGCGUGCCGCUGGUCAUCAACACGCAAGGCUGGGUCAAGGGUCUUGGCGCGGAUUUGCUCGCCAAGCUUAAGGCGGAGAGCCAGCCGUCGCACAUCUUCUCCUUCGUCGAUGUGGUCGAGAACGGUUCUUCCGCGUUCGACGGUGCAGAGCUCGCACAACCAGCGUACAGCAUCAUGCCCCCAUCCGCCGACGCACCCUACUUCCUCGCUUCCCUCCCGCCUGCGCCGCCGUCUCCCCUCGAGUCGAAAUGGUCGGCCGUCGACCUUCGUACCCUUUCGCUCGUCUCGUACUUCCACUCGCUGCGGUCGGGGAAGUUGCCAGCGUGGGACUUUUCAACUCCUCUGAUCGGCGUGGCGCCGUACGAGUUCGACUGGCGGGCGGAGCAAGGGCAAGUUGCGCAGGUGCACAUCGUCGAGGGUGCAGACGUCGCGUACGAGCACGUCCUGCACGCCUUGAAUGGCUCGGUCGUCGCGCUCGUGCAGGAGACGAGUCCCGCACCUUCCGCCGCCUCGCAUCCGUUCCCCUACGACCCGUCCGCACCGCUUCCUUCCCCUUCCACCUCUCGUGCGCUCGGCCUCGCCGUCAUACACUCCAUCUCACCCGCCACCUCAACCCUCCACCUCCUCACUCCCGUGCCCGCAUCCGUCCUCGCCUCCUCCGCGCCUCUCUCGCUCAUCAAAGGCCCACUCGACCUCCCGAUCCCGCUCAUGCUCGAUUUCACCGCGAGUCCGGCCGAGGCAGAGCAGGGCAUUGCGGGCGUCGAGUGGGCUGAGGUGCCUUACUUGAGUGUGGAUGCGGCGGAGGGAGCGGGGAGGAGGCGGGUGAGGCGGAAUUUGAUGCGGAGGGGUCAGGCGUGA